UAACUCUGCAACAAAUAUACGAAUUGCAUUAAGUUAAGAACCGAACCUCCAGAGAUAGUACAUCGUCAUUUGUUGUCUGUACGAGGAUGUAUCUUCUUCGAGCGUUGAGAAAUCAAGUGAUAUCGCAGACGCGCCGCGUCCUGCUCGACUUGUCACGCAGAUCGAUCACGAAGAUGACGGUGCGGGACACGUUGAAUCAGGCCCUCGAUGAGGAAUUGGCUCGAGACGAGAGCGUAUUCAUAAUAGGAGAAGAGGUGGCGGAAUUUGACGGCGCUUACAAAGUGACGCGUGGUCUUUGGAAGAAAUACGGCGACAAAAGGAUGAUCGAUACACCAAUAACCGAGGCUGGAUUUUGCGGCAUAGCCAUAGGCGCGGCGCUCUUGGGCCUGCGACCGAUAUGUGAAUUCAUGACCUUCAAUUUCUCCAUGCAAGCGAUCGACCGCAUGAUUAACGGCGCCGCGAAAAACUUGUAUAUGUCCGCCGGCAGAUAUUCCGUCCCUAUAGUAUUUCGUGGCCCAAACGGUAACGCCAAGGGUCUGGCUGCGCAGCAUUCCCAGUGCUUCGCCUCUUGGUACAUGAGCGCGCCCGGCCUUAAGGUCGUAUCACCAUCGACCUGCGAGGAUUACAGGGGUUGUCUUAAGGCCGCCGUGAGGGAUCCGGACCCCGUGGUGAUGCUGGAGAGCGAGUUACUUUACAAUAUCGAGUUCCCCCUGUCCGACGAAGCCAUGGACAAGGAUUACCAGAUACCUUUUGGCAAGGCUAAAGUAGAGAAAGCCGGCAAACACAUCACCUUGGUGACGCACGGUCAAGCGUUCGUCUACACGCUUCAGGCUGCUGAGAUAUUAGCCGGGCAAGGGAUCGAAGCAGAAGUCAUUAACCUGCGAUCAUUGAGGCCUCUGGAUUGGGAUACAGUCUUUAAAUCGAUCGGCAAGACGCACAGAUUGAUGACCGUCGAACUGGGCUGGCCUCGAUGCGGUGUGGGUUCGGAAAUUGUCGCGAUGGUAAUGGAGAAUCCAGUGUUCUUCCAGCUGGAUGCGCCUGCGGUUCGAUGCUGCGGAGUCGACGUCCCGAUGCCGUACUCAGAGAAAAUCGAGUAUGAGUGCACCCCGAAAGAUCACCAUAUAGCCGAUUAUGCUAAGCGCGUCUGCGGUACUAAAUUUUAAUCGUGUAUUCGUUUACGUGUGUUGAUGCAAAUAAAAUUUUUUACUCACUGAAAUAUCUGGUGACCUCCUCGGUGUAAUGUCGUGAAACGUACAGCGAAUGGUGGGCC